AUGACUGUACGUUUCUCCAGUAAGAUAAGAAUAGUAUUGGCCGUUCUUUUUGUGUUGGAGGUGAUCCAGUUACUGUACUCGUUUGGUGACAGAUCUGGCACCGCGUCACGUUGGAUGAAACCAAUGCUGAUGUUCAUGGCAGACACAGGCAGCGAAGAGAACGUUAAUGUUGUUCCCCCCAAAAUAUCUAAGGUUGAGCAAGUGAAGCAAGAACCGGUUCCAAAUGAAAAACCAAGCAAACAAGAAGCUGACAAUUCUAAGGCUUUAACGAAUGAAGAGCCCUCGAAGAAAGUACCUUCUAACGGACAUUCGAGUAAUGAAAGCCCAGCCAAAGAGAAUCCUGCUAUGGAAAGUCUUUUCAAGGAAGAACCAAAUAAAGCAGACACUUCUAAGCAAGAAUCCAAGCCUAACAUAGAUAACGAAUCGUCAAAUGAUACAAAUCAGGAAGACUCUACAGAUGAGGAGUUUAAGAAGGUCAAUUACACUGAUGAUCCUAAAGGUAAACAACCUUCUGUCAAAGGUAAUGGAGCUGAACAAGGACCUGGCUCUAAGGCUGAACCUUUCAAAUCUCAGGAGGAGGGUAACUCCCUUAAAUCUGUUAAAGAUCUUAGUAUAUUCUUCAAUGAUUUCAAUAAUUAUAAGAUUGAUGCAGAAUCUAUAAAAGAUCAGUACAAAGACAGGAAGGCGCAUGAAAAGUUUGCGGGAGAUAAGGAUUUUCUUUUUUCAAAAGAAUACUUAGAGAAUGUUCUUGAUAUUCCUCAAGAUACAUUUAAUAAGUUGAAGGACUCCCACACAAGAUACGUCAAUGAGCAAAUUCCUAAAAUAUUGCAAUCCGCUGAUACCUUUGGUAGUGCCUUGAAAAGAGAUAAGUCCUGGAAUGACUAUGAAAAGACUAAUGGGUAUGUGCUCAUUGGAGGCGAUAAGUAUUCUUGGUUGUCAUAUCUUGUUAUUAGACAAUUACGGGCAACUGGUGCUGAAUACCCAAUUGAAUUAUUCAUUCCUACUCAGAAAGAUUAUGAUGAAGAAUUUUGUAAUACUGUUCUUCCCAGGUACAAUGCUCGAUGUAACAUAUUUGAUUAUGAUUUAACAAAAAGCUUAAAAGCUGAUUACGGUAUCAAUGGUUACCAAUACAAGAUGUUAGCAUUGCUUAGCUCUAAGUUUGAAAACGUUAUGUAUUUGGAUUCUGAUAAUUUCCCUGCCCGAAAUCCUGAUUAUUUGUUUUCUCUGACUCUUUAUAAAGAAAAGGGACUCAUUCUUUGGCCCGAUGCGUGGGCAAGAACUACAAAUCCUAAAUUUUUUGAUAUUGCAGGUGUAAAGGUCAACGAAAAGAAGAUCAGAUAUUCCAAAUACGAUCAUGCUGAAGCUAAGAGACUUGGUCUAGAUGAUGUUAAACCACUCGACCAAUAUUCUUUUAAAGAUUCUCAUUUCCAUGAUUUUGAAGGUACUUUGCCUAACCCCACUUCGGAAACAGGAAUGCUUUUAAUCAAUAAAACAUCUCAUUUAAAAACGUUGUUGUUAUGUCUUUAUUAUAAUGUUUUUGGGCCUAAGUUCUAUUAUCCAUUGAUGACUCAAGGGUCAGCUGGUGAAGGUGAUAAAGAGACAUUUAUUUCAGCUGCUCAUGUUAUGAAUCAAUCUUACUAUCAAACAGCUAAGGGUUUUAGGUGGACUGGUUAUGUCAACAAAGAAACCAAUAAAUUUCAGUCUAAAGCCUUGGCUCAUCAUGAUCCUAUCAAAUGUUUAGAAACUACAGAUGACAGUGUUGAUAUUCUUUUCAUGCACUUGUCUUACCCCAAAUUUUACCCUGGGUGGUUAGCUGAUAACAAUGACUUAGUUUAUAAGACUCUUGGAGAGCAUAUUCGAAUGUAUGGAUCAAUCUACAAAAAUGUGGGGUACGAUUUUGACUUGAGAGUUUUACAGUUCUUUACGCAAGGGAUCUGUAAAAACUUUUACGAUAAGGUUGGAUCUCCAAUUGAUGAUACUCCAAAUAUUGAUAAGUCUGAAUAUAUGGGAGAGUACUUAUCCUAUAUUAAGAGAGAUGAGGAAGCUAAUAGCAUUAAAUGUGAAAAGGUGUUCAUUCCCCACUUGAAGUGGUUAAAGGAGACUGUUGAAGAGCAGUACAAGGAGAAAAGUGUCAAAGUAUAA